AUGGGGGUCGACACCCGCAGACCGAUCCUUCCCGCCCCCACAGAGUCCAUCAUCGAUACGGAGAGCGCACUGGGCACAGAUCUGGCAACUGACAUUUCUCGCCGCACAGACAAAACGUCGUACUCAAUCCCAGACGACGGAAGCCCCCUUAUUGUCUCCACCAGGGAUCGCGACGGGACAUCUUAUUCACACUCCCGCCACGACUCUCACACCUCGCUGCUCAUCGAGUACUUCGAGGGCGGAAAAGGCUCCGGCGUCACCUCUCGUCCCAGUGUGCGAGUCCGCGUUACCCCCUCUUCGGCGAGAAAGUCCAAGCGUGACCGAGACCACGUUCAGAUCACCGAGUCCAGUGGAAGCAGCCGCAAGCCGUCCUAUACACACCGCAUAUCACUCCCAUCACCUUCUUCCAAGUCCAAGCGAUUGGAAUCGGGCGCAGCGGAUGAUCAAAGCCUCGAUUCGAAUUCAGCGGAGGAGGGUCACCAGUCUUCUCGUCGCCAUCCGGUAGAAAUUGAUUUCCCUGGCUUCCCUGGCAGUGAAAUGUCUACUCUAUCACACGAUACCCGAUACAUGCCUGUAUCGUCUGAUAUUUCAUCCAUGCCCGCCGACAGUAUGAUGAACGCUUCAUCGGCAGGGCCUCGGCGGAAGCGCAGCUCGAGCCUGGAGCGCGGGUCGCCUCGCGAGGACAAGGAUUUGCUGAAAACACCACGCCGACAGCGAAGUCGCAGCCUAAGCACGGAGCGAAUUGCGCAUCGCGUGGCCGAGAAGCUGACCGAACCGCCCAAGGAGUCGUCGGGCAGAAAUCGAAGCAAGUCUGGCAAAGAUUACCUCGACGCUGAGCCCAAGUCUUCUCGUCGAAAGCACAAGUACGCCGAAGAUGACUAUAUCAGCCCUGAGUCUAGUCUUCUCAGUACAUCCGCUGUUUCUUCGAACCGCAAGUCUGAUCAGUACUCAAUCCGUUCCGGUGCAUCCAAGUCUUCCAUAAACAACCCUAAGCUAUUGGAGACUGUCGAGGAUGCCAUUCGGCGACUGAUACUUCCUGAACUCAAGGAGCUUAAAAAGGACCAAAAAGUUAUGACCAACACAGGAAAGUUCGAGCGGGACAUGGCACGAGAUAUGGCAUCUUAUUCAUCCCAAACAAGCUCUCGGGAUGAGCUGCGUCGAAGUCUGUCCAAGCACGCCAGUGCACCUGAUAUCAUUAAGCCUAAGGUUAUUCUGAACAAGGAUAGCAAAGACGAGGGUAUUGUCCUUUCCGGCGGGUCUGGUCCGCAAACCAAGGAACGCAAGUCAAGCAAAAGCAGCGAAGUUUCCGAGGCAGCCGUUCGCCGGGGCAAUCGUCCUGACUACUCUGAGCAAGACAAGAUCCGAAGACAGAGGAGCAAGGGUCUCCGGGAUGCUCAUGCUGCUGCACGAGUGGGUUCCGCUCUCACCGCUGCUUCCUUGAAGCACCAUGAUUCCAAUUCCAGUCUUGGCAAGUCAGAGCAUCGCCGGCGCAAGAGUGGCUCUCGGAAGAGUACAGAGAGCAUGAACUACAACGAAACCGAACUUGUUUUCCAAAAGCACAACGUUGCCCCUAUGCCGAUGCGCAGCGAGAUCGACUCCGAGUUGACCAGGAACUCGCUACUUUCUGAGCACACUGCCAGUCCCCCUCCCCAGAAGAAAAGCUCCCAGGCGGAACUUUCUCGUGGGUCUGCCAGACAGCUUGCAUCUCCUACCUCUCGCACUCCUACCCGCAACUCUAUUGAGUCCCUCGGCAUGCGUCACGCCAACAAGUCACAUCAUAAUAUCUCCCUGCACAGUGCCUCAGACCGUGACCUACGGGAUAAGAGCCAAUCACCUGGAACAGACACUGGUGAUUGGGCUAUCGCUGCCGCCGCCGCAGCUAACCUUCUUGAUGCCGCUCACCCUACUCAAUACCACGAUGAAACCCACGAUCGUGGCCUGAGCCCUAUCCAAAGUGUUGCCAGCGACAACACCGAGACCCACCACGCCCAAUACCUAACUCACGAGAACCAUAUCGAAGGCAUGCACGAGAUGGAGCCUCGACUUUCCAUUGACUCACUCUCAUCCGCCCCCAGCACCAACCUCGCCAGAUCUACCCGUCAAGGCACCACCCACAGCCACAGCCAGAGUGCGCUUUCCCAGCAGCUCAGUCAGGAUUCACCCGGGCUCGGCUACGAACGCUCGCGCCAACCCGAGGGGAGUGAUAUCUCCUACGGCUACGAUAUAGAGAGUAGACUGACUGCCGACGAUGACAACAGCGAUGUAAACUACAUGGACAAGAUUAAGGAAGGCCAGCAUGUGGGAGUCGGCGUCGCUGCCAACCCUCAAUUCCACCAAGCCAUGGAUGUUGAAUCUAAUGUUGCUUCUUUGAUGGACCCGUCUGUCCUUGAAUCGCAGAUCGAAUCCCAGCUUUCUUCCAUCAACCGCUCCCAAACUGAUCUGGGUCAGCGACCUGGAAGCCGCAGUCCUGAGAAACAGGCAGGUGAAUCCUACCGUGGAAGUCCCCUUAAGCAGCGACAGGAUGCUUCCACUGCCGAUGAAACAUCGUUCCAUCGACGUAUGGGUGCUACUUCACCUCCCCAGAGCGUUACUCAGUCUUACGACGAAAUGGACGACUCGGCUAUUAUGAGCGCCAAUGUUCCCCGUGGACUGGACAGCCCCAUGGCCGAUGCAGAAAGCCAGGAAUCCGAGUCUGAGAUCAACACUAACCCUUCGAUCAUCCAGGGUCCUGCUGGCGGUGCUGCUCAGCGAGAUCACUGGGCAUACAACUCCCGGUCUCCUCCCGUUGAUCAAUAUUACGAUGGCGGUGCUGGACCUCAGGGUCUCAGUGAUGACCAGCAGCGUGGACUUGAUGCUGAAUACUACCAGACUGCCAAGAAUAUCUUUGGCGGUGAAGACUACUAUAACCCCUCCGUCGAAAACCAAGCUCGCCAGCUUUUCGGGACGCCUCCUGGAGCCAAGGACGAGGGCUAUGUUUCCGCUGCUAACCCCAUGUCUCCCAGCAUUGGAACCCCGAAGCAAGGAAGUCGAGGUCUCGCAGGCCCAGAUGCCGCAGGUGUUGCUGCUUUCGAUGAUUCUACUCCAGAAGAUCCUUUCGGACCUGGUCAUCAGCGUCACUUCAGUGGCUACUCCCACGGUGUUGGUUCGCCGCUCUACGACAGUGCCACCGGACGAGGCAUCGAGCGAAUUCAGUCACAGGAUAUUGUGGCUCUCAUGGACCACCUGACUGUUCGCGAUGCCCAGCGAAACGCUAGAGAUACCGAGAUCUUGGUUACUCUGGUUCGCAGUGCGGCAGAGAUGCGCACCUCUUUCGAGCAGAUGAAGAAGUUCAUUGCUGAUCAAGAUGAUCUCAUCAUGGACAACACUGACAGGGGACAUGAGCGCACCCACAAGGCGCUCGGCGGACCCCGUCCUUUGCCUCCCAGUACUUCUCGCAACCGUCAAUUGAACACGGCUGAGGAAGAUGACAAGCGGAAGAACAUCUUCAAGCGUGCUCUCAAGGGCUUAAGCUUGAAGUCAGGCAAUGAUCUGUCUAAGAUUGAGGGCAUGCUGGAGCAACUUCUGGAGGAGGUUGAAUACUUGCGCUCUGGUCAAGAUGGCGUGAGCCCACAACGCACCACUCGACCGACAAGCAUUGAUUCUGCCUAUGAGCCCGCUCAAAACGGUGCUCCUAUCGAGAACAGCCGCGCUGCGUACAUGUCUAGUCCUCACCAGCGCAGAAACUCGGAUCAGCGAGUCAGCACCGUCCACGAGGUAGAUGAAGAAGAUCUUGAGCUCGACGAAGCUGAUGACUAUAUGACCGGGCAUCUCCCAGUGCGUGAGCCACCUCAUCACGAGCGAGCUGGCUCCUUGCCUCUGUCCACCCCUCCUCACAAGCCAGUGGCUGCAGGUGCCCGCAGCACCGAAACAACCCCCAAGGCCGACAAGAGCGACAAAGCCCGCAAGCACAAGUCGAGCAGCUCCUCUAUCUUCCCCAAGAUCUCUCGCUGGUCCAAGUCCACCGCCACCUCCGUGGGCGACAACAUCCGCAACAGCAUCCAGCCCAACCGCAAAGAGCGCCCAACCUCAGACCUCUCCCGCUCGGGAUCAGAUCUGGCCGAGGGCACCUACAAAGGCGACUACUACGACCCCCAAGGCGACGACAGAAUCCGCUCAACCUACACUCUAGACGACCAGCAGGAGAACCGUCCUCCUUCCCCACUGGUCCCAUCCCAGGUCUCCGAGGUCCCCAAAUACCGCGGCCACCGCGGCAGUCUUGAGCUGCAGCACCCCCAACCUCGCCAGGGUCCCACAGGCCGCUAUCAAUCCCGUCUCGAGACCGAGGCCCAAACCUACGGAGGUCCGGUCUCCCCCACAGGCUCGGACCAGUGGGAAUCAAACCCCAGCCUGUCCGCAGUAAACCCCAACCAACAACGCUUUAGUGGCGCCAGCCGUCUAUCCCCCAUUUCCGAUGCAGGCUACUCGGAGACCAGCUCCCGAACUCCCGGUCCACCCCGUCCCCCCAAAGUCAAGGACGAGGGUCCUCUUGUCCCAGAACGUCCUCAGAAGGCGCUAGAGGAUGAAGAGCCUGCUUACGGCGCCAGUGCUGACCGUGUUGUUUCAAGGAGCUCCGCUAUCCGCUCCCCUCCCACACGCAAACCAACAGGCCCGCGCCCCCUCACCUCCGGCGGCGCCUACAGCCCCGGUAAAAUCAAUCGAACUCGCUACAGAGGCAGUCCCAUGCAGGUCGACCAUGAUGAUGAAUAUUGA